CAGGAGGGAGUCAAAUUGUCUGUGCUUCAUCUGUAAUAUGUUAUCAGAUGGUGUGUAUACGGCGCCAGUCCCAGUCUUUCAAGGUCUUCAUUUACUGCACAGUGGGUCCGUACACUGUCUUCAAGGAGUCGUAGAAAUCUUUUCGUUGACGGUGUUUAGCUUAGGACUCCAUCUGCCUGGCUUUCUUGUCCACCACGCAUUUUGAAGCUGACGCAGCUCUCCAGCUAGCUGCCUACGAAUGUGGCGAAAAUUAUUCCUCUUCAUCGCGUUGUUAGGGUCAACCUCGGAUGCGAUGAAUGCUUCGUUUUUCGCUCGUACUAAUGCCUCAAUCGUCAUAUUGUUUUCGUCGAACCAGUCGGACCGUUUACAGUUUGUACUCCUAAUCGUCUCCACCGUAGCAAUGGUUACCUGCUUCUUCAAGUGGUCCCACAGGACGCUGACAGAAGCCGAAGAGUCGCCUUCGCCAAGGCGGAUUCUUAUGGCAUCCUCCAGUGUUUGUCACUUUACUGCACUCGUAAGGGCGCGUACGUUGUCUUUCCUCCGAUUGAUACUCGAUAGAAAGUACGAUGAUUUGCAGACAUUUAGGUAGAACUUUGUGCGCACCAGCUUAUGAUCAGCCCCACAUUCAGCUCCACGCAUUACCCGCGUUAUGCGCACUUCACGCACGUCCCGUUGACGUACGAUGACGUAGUCCAGCAAGUGAGCAUGAGCACUCCGUGGGUGGGUCCAUGUAGCAAUGUCACUAGCACACAGAGCGAACUGAUGGUUCGUGAUCGUCAAGCCAUGUGUGGCACACAAUGAAAGUAAACGCUCUCUGUUUCCAUUGACUAUCCC